ACUUUUGGACGUGCCUCCGGAGGCAACAAUCCAAAGUGGAAUGAUUCCAAUACGUAAUCCCAUCCACUUUUAAAUUAUCUCCACAAAAUCUGAUGUCCGCCAAUUAAUUCGCGAACAAAACAUCAGUAAGAUCGAUAAAAAAAUUGUUUGACGUAUCGUAAAGUUCAAAUCCACAUUCGAAAGAUGGAGACCGGAAAAAUAACGCUGAUUGAGCCGGGGAAGUGGCGGCAAUUCUUCGCGACAAUUCUAAUAAAUUUAUCAUCCCUAUCAUACGGAAUGAUCCUGGGCUGGUCGUCCCCAAUGGCCCCCCUGCUGCAAUCCUCAAAGACCCCAAUCGGCACGGCCCCAAUGACGAAUGAGCAAAUGUCCUGGAUGAACGGCAUCCUCUGCAUCGGGGCCCUGGCAGUCCUCCCCUUCUGCAGCACCUUGGCCGAGCGUCUCGGAAGGAAGAUAACGGGAUGCAUCAUCGCUGUGCCCUCGGGCCUCUGCUGGCUCCUCAUCCUCUUCGCAAGGGACUGGACGUACCUCCUCGCAGCUCGUCUCUUCGCAGGAUUUGCCGCAGCCAUGCUCAUCUUCGUCAUUCCCAUCUAUGUGUCGGAAAUUUCGGGGGACAGCGUCAGAGGACAGUACGGCAGCAUCCUCGUCUUCUCCGUGAACAUCGGUAUCCUCACAGCGUACAUCUUCGGGGCUAUUUUACCGUACAACAUUUUUGCCAUCUGUGCACUUGUCAUUCCGAUGCUAUUCUUGGGGGGAUUCGUCUUCAUGCCGGAGACGCCGAUUUAUCUGAUGAGGAGAGGGCGAAUCGCUGAAGCUACUAGGUCGCUGAUGUGGCUGAAGAGCAACGAGAAGGCCACGGUUGACCACGAGCUAUCGCGGCUGCAGGCACUUGCCAAGGAGAAUUCAGCUAAUGAUAAAUCAGUCGGGUUCAGGGCAUUGUUCAGGGACAGGGGCACCUUCAAGGGGUUCAUGAUUGCCAUGGCCAUGUUGGGGGGUCAGCAGUUCUGUGGGAUCAGUGCUGUGGUGGCCUAUACCGCGACGAUCUUCGAGAUAGCUGGGAGUUCAAUGGAUCCAAACACAGCGACUAUUCUCGUGGGUUCGAUCCAAGUCUUCGGGUCAUGGCUAUCGACUGUGAUGAUGGAGAGGGCUGGAAGGCGACCCCUCAUCAUGAUCUCUUGCGCUGGAAUGGCCAUUUGCCACUGCAUCCUAGGUUGCUUCUUGAUAGUCCAGAGUUCAGGUCAUAAUGUCAGCUCGUUCUCCUGGAUACCCGUGACAGCAAUCUCAGGCUUUGCCAUUGUUUACUGUCUCGGCAUGGGUCCAGCACCUUUCGUUGUCGCCUCUGAAGUCUUCAGCUCCGAUAUCUCUGGUUUCGCUAAUUCUAUUUCGAUGGUCUUCAUGUGGAUUGUAUCGUUCAUUAUGAUGAAGUUCUUCCCUUUCAUCAUGGAUACUCUCAGCAUCGGUGGGUCGUUCUUCCUUCUCGCGGCGUUCUGCAUCUGCAGUUUGGUCUUCACGUUUUUCGUUGUCCCUGAGACCAAGGGCAGGAACAUUGAGUCCAUUCUUGACGAGUUGAAUGGGUUCUCUGGGAGCUUUAGGGAAGCUGAGUAUCAGAGGACUUCUGUCGAGAUGAUUGGUAAAAAUACUAGUCAAGCUGUUUGAUCUUCGGAGUGAUUCUGGAUGAAAGGAGAGUUCGAGAAUUUUGCGUUGAGAUUUUGGGGAAUAUCUUGGACACUGAUGGGUUUAGGGAGAAAAGUCAGAAAACAUUUUUUGUAGAUUAUGAAAUUCUCGAUGAAAAUGGUAUUCUGGUAAUUUUUGAUUAAUCGCUUCCCUUCGGAGAUAUUUGGGGAAUAACGAAGUGAAAAGUGACAAAUUAUAAUGGAUUGAAUUCCCAAGCUCAGGUAAUUUUGCAAAUAUCUCAGGAACUAAGGGAUUCAGAGGAAAACAUCACAAAACCUUCUUUGCAGCUGAAGAAAUUUGCAAGAAAAAAGACUUCACACUUUUCCCUCUGAAAUCGCUUGGUCUCCAGAUAUCCGAAGCUUCGAAAAAUCGAAAUGUGACGAAACCUGAAAAAUCUGAUUCUAACAGUUACCUUCAAAUGAAUAAAAAUCAGCGCUCGAAAUCGGCGAAUAACUAGUCAAAAAAUCUGAACGAGCCUCAUUAUCUCCUACAAAUCGUAAAUAGUAUAAUUGUAUUUAUACUUCUCAACGAAGUUUUGACUAUUAAUAAUGAUAUUAAUUCCCACGUUAUCAAUUUUUCGUAUCUCAUAGUUGACUAGUCCCUAGUUGUUAUUGUAAACAGAUUAAUGCUAAUUCCCGAUAACUCUUAUCAAUUCUACGUAAUCCAGUCAUUUCUUCCUUAUUAUAAGUUCCUCGACAGCUAUCGAGAUUUUUUUCAUUUUAAAAAUGAUCAUUGUUGUGGCGCCGUCUUGUUGGAUCGGCAAGAACUUGUUGCGAAAUUUGAAUGCAAGAAAAGCAAUUUUAGCAGCAAAGAUAAUCAUAAUUGUUGUUCCUCAGCAGCAUUAAUCAGUCAUUUUUUCAAUUUUCCCAUUACUGCGAUAGGUUUUAAUGAACUUUGUCCACAAUUUGCUCCCAAUUAUUAAAAAUUGGUGAUAAGUACGCUCUUUACUGUGAUAAGGUCAAAAUAUGUAUAAAUGAAGUAUCAGAAGAUGAAUAAAUUUUUAUAAGAUGAGAAAA